GCGUCAACGCAAUAUGACAAUUCGAGACUCGAACUUCUUGAUAAAGCGAGCGAGUUUACGUGCACACAUAUGCGACUUGCCGAGGCAAUCCGGCAGCAAUCUGCCGAAAUUACCUCCCAACGCGAGAUUUUAUAAUCGUUGGAAGCGAAACCUUCAAAAACUUGUUCUUGUUUCCGCACGGCACCCUUUAACGCAUUUAAUUUUGCGCAGCCAAGCAGCUGUUGCUUUCGAAAAGAGAAGGCACUCAAGAUCACCUCAUCGAUGGAUGAUUCAUCCAUGUAGUAUGUUAAGGUUCUACUGGGACACGAUAAUGACCAUCAUCUAUCUAUAUAUUUUCGUAACGGUGCCGCAUAUUAUGUGCUUCUACAGAAUUGGAAAGAGCAGCGGUCCUGAACGUUGGAAUAUCGUGUAUCCAACUUACAUUGUUUGUAUCAUCGACAUAUUCCUGAACUUUAUUACUGGAUUUAUAUCUCCGGACGGACAUGAGAUUUUUCUUGAUACUACUUUAGUAGCACGACAAUACUUGAAAAGAUAUUUCUUCGUUGACUUUAUCAGUUCGGUACCGUACACAUGGUUUUACCCAACACUUAUCUUACCACCUGGGCCAAACUCGAAUUCUCCGUUACUUAUUCUCGAAUUCUUGCUUAUUUUGAAAUUGACUCGCAUACCUACAGUACGAAGAAAUGUUCAACAGAUCAAUACAAAUUUUGGGAUUCCUCAAGCUCAACAUAUAACAAUAUGGCUUAUUAUUUUAACAUUAUUAAUUGUUCACUGGAGUAGCUGUAUAAGUUAUGUCUUUCCAUACAUCGUCAUGCAUAUGCAAGAAAAAACGAUGGAAAGUUCAGAUGCAUAUUAUAUUUCGACAAAAGUUUAUGAUAGGUCCGAUUGGGAAGUAUAUUUAGUGUUUCUGCAUAUUGGCGUGAGUAAUUUGAUCGGCUCUAAUUUCGUGGAAUUCGAAAGCUUUGGUAAUUUGGACACAAUAAUAAGAUGCAUACUUCUUCUCUUGGGAAAAGGCUACAUAAUUUAUUUGAUUGUUACGGUCCUGCAACUCUUGGAAUCAUCGGCAAAGCCAAAACUUAAAUAUCAACGAAUCAUGCAUGAAGUAAAAGAAUACGUUCGUCAGAAGAAGCUUCCGCUAUAUUUGCAAAACAAGCUAAUUUUCUAUUACAAGUAUCGUUACCAUGACAGUUUCUUCAAAGAGAAUAUUAUAUUUAACACUCUUUCGGAUCAUUUAAAUCAAGAAAUUCUCUUCCAUGGCAGCCAAAGAUUGCUAGAUACUGUGAUUCUUCAUAAUUUGCCCCGCAAUGUCCUUGGCGAUUUAAUAAGUAAUUUUUUUCUCUUGUAUUGAUGAUAAUAAUAGUUAUUACUGCUACUAUCAGUUAUACUAUUAUUAUAUUGUUAGUAUAUUGUUAUUACUAUUAUCCCAGUAAAAGGUCUAUAUAAUCAAACAUAUGUACUUAUACACUUGGCACAAAAAUUAAAAGAUUAUCUAUUUUGUCCUACAAAAAUAGGCAUUUCGAUAAAGUGUAACUUCAUCAAAAAUAAUCGUACUGAGAUUUUUAAGAAAGCAUUUUACGGUUUGAAGUUUCUACUUUUCAGAUUAUCACUUUAGAAAACAAUUUUACUUUUUAUUGAUACCAAUAGAGAUGCGUUAAAUUUAAAAUUUUGUUACUAAUUUUACAAGAUUCCAUGGCGUGAACUAAAAAUUUCACACAAACGCAGUUUAUAGCAUUCAAAAGAGUGAAUUUUUACCUUUAGUUUGCUUUUUUGCGUUGUAUGGUCUUUUUUACUGUGUUAUUCAACAU